AUGCCUACCUACAAAUUACACUAUUUUGAUCUACGUGGUCAAGCAGAAAUUACCAGACUUAUUUUUGCCGCUGCUGGUGAAAAAUAUGAAGAUAUUCGUUAUAAACGAGAAGAAUUUCCUCAACAUAAAUCUGAGAUGCCACUCGGUCAAAUACCAGUGCUCGAAGUUGAUGGAGUGAAAUUGCCUCAAUCGAUUUCAAUUGCUCGUUACUUAGCUAAAGAAUUUCAACUUGCUGGUAAAGAUAAUCUUGAACAAGCAAAAGUCGAUGCAGUAGUUGAUACAGUUACGGAUUUUGUUGUUAGCUAUUUCCCGAUUCAUAUGAAGGCAGAUGAAGCCACGAAGAAAGAAGCACUUAAUGAACAAAGUCUUAAACUUUUCAAAAAUUUACAAACAUUACAAGAAUUUUAUCAAGGCAAUGAUUUUCUUGUGGGAAAUCAUUUGACAUAUGCUGAUCUAUGGUUUUAUGAUAUUACUGAAACAGUCUUGGGUGUAGAUUCGACAAUAUUGGACAAAUAUCCCAAUUUAAAGAAAGUUCGACAAUCAGUCGAAAAUGAUACAAAAGUGGCUGCUUAUCUUAAAGAUCGACCGAAGUUACCGUUUUAA